ACCCCAGUAGAAACACUGCUGGAUCAAAGGGUAUGCACAGUUUGAUAGCUUUUUGAGCAUAGUUCCAAAUUGCUCUCCAGAAUGGCUGGAUGUAUUCACAAUUCCACCAACAAUGUAUCAGUGUGCCUGUUUUCCCACAUUCCCUCCAACAUUCCGCAUUAUCUUUCCCUGUUAUUCUAGUCAAUCUGACAGGUGUGUAGUGAUAUCUCAGAGUUGUCUUAAUGUGCAUUUCUCUGAUUAAUAAUGACUUGGAGCAUCUUUUCAUAUGGCUAGAAAUAGUUUCAAUUUCUUCGUCUGAGAAUUAUCUGUUCAUAUCCUUUAACCAUUUAUCAAUUGGAGAAUGGCUUGAUUUCUUAUAAAUUAGAGACAAUAUUUUGGAAAUGAGGCCUUUAUCAGAACCUUUGACUGUAAAAAUGUUUUCCCAGUUUAUUGCUUCCCUUCUAAUCUUGUCUGUAUUAGUUUUGUUUGUACAAAAACUUUUCAGUUUGAUAUAAUCAAAAUUUUCUAUUUUGUGAUCCAAAAUGAUCUCUAGUUCUUCUUUGGUCAUAAAUUCCUCCCUCUUCCACAGAUCUGAGAAGUAAACUAUUCUAUGUUCUUCCAAUUUAUUUAUAAUCUCAUUCUUUAUGCCUAGGUCAUGAACCCAUUUUGACCUUAUCUUGGUGUACGGUGUUAAGUGUGGGUCAAUACUUAGUUUCUGCCAUACAAGUUUCCAAUUUUCCCAGCAAUUUUUGUCAAACUGAGUUCUUAUCCCAAAAGCUGGGGUUUUUGGGUUUGUCAAACACUAGAGUAUUAAAGUUAUUGGCUGUUUUGUCCUUUGAACCUAACCUCUUCCUCUGAUCAACUAGUCUAUUUCUUAGCCAAUACCAAAUGGUUUGGUAACUGCUGCUUUAUAAUAUAAUUUUAGAUCUGGUAUAGCUAGGCCACCUUCAUUUGAUUUUUUUUUUCAUUAAUUCCCUUGAAAUUCUUGACCUUUUGUUUUUCCAUGUGAACUUUGUUAUUUUUUCUAGGUCAUUAAAAUAGUUUUUUGAGGGUCUGAUUGGUAUAACACUAAAUAAAUAGAUUAGGUAAUAUUGUGAUCUUUAUUAUAUUUGUUCACCCAAUCCAAGAGCAUUUUUAAAAAAUUUUAUUUUAUUUAAUAAUAACUUUGUAUUGACAGAAUCCAUGCCAGGGUAAUUUUUUACAACAUUAUCCCUUGCACUCGCUUAUGUUUCGUUUUUUCCCCUCCCUCCCUCCACCCCCCCCAAGAUGGCAAGCAGUCCUAUAUAUGUUAAAUAUGUUGCAGUAUAUCCUAGAUAUAAUACAUAUUUACAGAACCAAACAAUUCUCCUGUUGCACAGGGAGAAUUGGAUUCAGAAGGUAAAAAUAACUCGGGAAGAAAAUCAAAAAUGCAAAUAGUUCACAUUCGUUUCCCAGUGUUCCUUCUUUGGGUGUAGCUGUUUCUGUCCAUUAUCCAUUGAAACUCAGUUAGGUCUCUUUGUCAUAGAAAUCCACUUCCAUCAGAAUAUAUCCUCAUACAAUAUCGUUGUCGAAGUGUAUAAUGAUCUCCUGGUUCUGCUCAUCUCACUUAGCAUCAGUCCAUGUAGGUCUCUCCAAGCCUCUCUGUAUUCAUCCUGUUGGUCAUUUCUUACAGAACAAUAAUAUUCCAUAACAUUCAUAUACCACAAUUUACCCAGCCAUUCUCCAAUUGAUGGGCAUCCAUUCAUUUUCCAGUUUCUAGCCACUACAAACAGGGCUGCUACAAUCCAAGAGCAUUUAAUAUUUUUCCAAUUGGUUAGAUCAGACUUGAUUUGUGUGGAAAGUGUUUUGUAGUUUUGCUCAAAGUUUCUGAUUUUCCCUUGGCAAAUAGAUUCAUAAGUAUUUUAUUCAGUUUUCUCUUUUUAUAAAAAUAAAGGUGUUGGAUUAAUAGAUAGCUAACCUCCCUUCCAGUUCUAAAAGUCUUUGAGACUACAGGUCUAUCUGUGGUAAAAAUCAUAAGUGCUAUAACAUUUUCUUAUCAGUUUCUUCAUUUGUAAAAGCUGGGCUCUAGGACCUCUAAGAUCUUUUCCAAUUCUAAGUCUAUGAUCUUUUGAACUCAGAGUAGGAUGGGUCAAAGAAGGGCUCAUGGAGAAAGUUACAUUUCACAAGGCUAGUCUGAGGUAGGUUUGGAAGAUUUUACAGAUGGAUUGUUGUUAGACCUUCAUACUGGAAGAGGACCAAUAAUAUCACAAUGUGGGGUCAAAGUACAUAUGUUUAACUGUGGCUAUCAGUUCAAUAUGAACUUAGAAGGCUCUACCACAAGGUGGGCACAAAUUUUGGACAGUCUGAACAUUUGGCAUAGAAAAAAUCUUUAGAUUUGCUCCUUUCAAUUUCUUAGUGUUACUGCAAUUCUCCGUUGCUUGUAGAGUACAGCGCCUUAUAGUAAAGUUCUUCAGAGAAACCUUAAAAGAAUGUCCUUAUAUUGCUUCUUCUGACCUAUAUGUGAACCCUUGCCUUGUUUGAAUUUUCCAUUUAGAUAGGCCUAUGUUUGCCAUUUGAACAAUGUGACCAGAUCAUCAGAGUUGUUCUUUCUAUAGUAGUUUGAAUGCCUGGCAGUUCAGUUCUAGAGAGGCUCUCAAUAUGUGUUACUUUAUCUUCAGUUGAUCUUCAGAAUCUUCCUAAAACACUCUUCUAUUGGCUUUGGGAGUAAGGAGAUCAGCUAGGAGACUAUUACAAUAGAAAAAAAGAGAAAUGAUGGCGUCCUUAACUAGGGUAGAAAUAUGAAUCAAGAGAAGUAUAGAUAGAUGAUAAAAAUGACCUGAAAAUUUAGCCCAUCGACUAUGAGGGCGCGAAGGGAUGAAGUAGGCAAAAGCUAAAUACAAUACAAAUGGUCGACAUACUGUGCCAUUAAAGUAGGUAUUAUAUAAAUAGUUUGGAAUAUCUCCUUACCUAGUUCUGUCCUUCUAUUAUGGUGUCAUCCCAGUGUUCCCUAGAAUUCUCUGUUUUGGUAACAGUCACAGCCUACUCCUUGAGACUUUCUAAGACUAAAAACAAUCAGAUUUGGGAGGUUCCAGUCCUCCCUCCAUCAGGGACAAUUUCCAAGAUUCCAGUCAUGUUUCAAUUUCCUGAUCUUCUUGUCUCCUGAGUUAACAAUCCGGAUUUGGGGACUGAGGCUGACAAGUUUAAAAACUUUCCUUAUAACUCGCCUCUCCCUUCUCUCCCUUAUCCACAGCAACUUUCCUCAGCCCUUCCAAUCUCUAUUUCCACUCUCCGAAGUAAAAAGGGUCUUUGAGACAGUGAAGGUUCUCAGAGGUCAUAGGUUACUCCUGGGGGAGGAAGGUGCCGCCGAAAAGAUGAGCGCUUAGGCCAAUUCAGUUCCACAAACCUUGGAGCACUUACGAGCAAGACAACACUGAACUAAGCACUGAGAUGGGGGGAGGGGAAUGAGAGGGUGGGAGUUCGACCCUAAGACCCAUGGAGAGAGUCUGAGCAUUCGGUCGAUACAGACUGCCCAGCCUCCCCCGGAUUCCUACUCAGUUCACCCUUAGGCUGCCACUACUUCCCCACAUCGCUCUCCGCCCAGCUCUCCCCGCAGGCCCCGCCUCCUCAAGCCCCGCCCCCUCCCUGUCUCCGAUCCUCCCUUCCCCCUCUUCUCUCUUUUUUCUUCUCUCUCUCUUCUCCCCCCUCCCAUCAGAGGCCACCCCGGCCCGGGCCUCGGCCCUUAACCCCACCCCCCUGUAGCCGGCUGCGGCGGGCGCGUAGAACAGCUGGAGCUAGCGGCGGCCCGGACUGGAAUGGGGGGUGGGGGAGGGCGGGGUAAGAGGUCAGUACGAGGAAGGGCCACGCCGUCGACUACUGCAGCCGAGGAGGAAGACGAGGAGGAGGAAGAAGGAAAAAGAGAGGAAGGAGAAGGGAUUCUCGCCACAGAGGAGGAUUUAGGCGAGGACGAGGGGGAGGAGCUGCAGGCUGCCUGGGUUCCGCGGCUGCGGGUCCGCGGCAGGACGCGCCCCCGGGCUUGCCAGUCCCGCCAGCCCAGUAUGACGCCUUGGAGGCUGCUCCGCUGCUGCCAGUGGACCGCGGCCUGGGUGCCGGUGCUCUUCAUCGCCGUGGUCAUCUGCUGGUCCUACUACACCUUUGUGGUGGAGCUCUGCCUCUUUACUAUUGCUGCACAAGAAGAAGAAGGAAAGGCAGCUAUCUACCUUGUGAUUUUCCAUCUGUCAUUUGUCUUGUUUAUGUGGUCCUAUUGGAAGACAAUUUUUACACCUCCAGUUUGCCCCUCCAAAGAGUUCUUUUUAUCUCAGUCCGAUGAAGAACAUUAUGAAAAGGAAGAACGACCUGAAGUCCAACAAGAAAUUUUGAAGAGAGUAGCAAAAGAGUUACCUGUCUACACUAUGACUUCCACAAAAUUAAUCAGAUAUUGUGAAAAAUGUCAACUGAUUAAACCUGAUCGAUGUCACCACUGCUCUGUAUGUAACAAAUGUGUUCUUAAGAUGGAUCAUCAUUGUCCUUGGGUGAAUAACUGUGUGGGAUUUUCUAACUACAAAUACUUCCUGCUGUUUUUAUUUUAUUCCCUUGUGUAUUGUAUUCUGGUGACCACAACAGUUUUAGAAUAUUUUAUAAAAUUCUGGACGCUUUGCCGCAGGAAAUCUGCAGAGAAUUGUCCAAAGACCAACCUAAGAAACACACGUGCACAAUUCCAUGUCCUUUUUCUUUUCUUUGUGGCUACUAUGUUUUUCAUUAGUAUCCUGUCACUUUUUUGCUACCACCUCUGGUUGGUUGGAAAAAACAGAACAACAAUAGAGGCAUUCCGUGCACCUGUAUUUCUAAAUGGACCUGACAAAAAUGGUUUCUCUCUUGGGUGGAGUAAAAAUUGGAGACAAGUAUUUGGAGAUGAAAAAAAAUACUGGUUAUUUCCCAUCUUUACAAGUUUAGGUGAUGGUGUUCAUUUCCCAACUCGCCUCAUGAUGGAUAAGGAACAUGUUACUGGCACAAAUCAUCAUGAACACACCAGAAGUUCUGGAUCCACUCAAAAUUUUCCUGUUGGACCACUUAGUGAAUCAAAAAAUUUCCUGUUGGCCACUGGAUCAGAACAAGAUGUCAGUUCAGGGAUGAAGAACCAUGUUACAGUUUCAAUAGAAAGUUGAUGGUCUAUUAACAUUUGAAUGAAAGAAGUAAGGUUUAUGCAACAUAUUCUGCUUGAAUUCUUUUUUAUAUUUUAUUUGGAAGAACUGAUCAGUGGAAUGAAACGAAUCAAAUAUUACAUAAGAUGUAUGAAAAUGGAGUCUCUGUACAGAUAAGUUGAUGCUCAUAAACAUUACUGCUGAGCAGGAAAUAAGACAGAUGCCUUAAGAACCUUAAAUGUGUGUUUAUGCAACACUGACUUAUCCUGCUCCGAAAGUGACUUGACUUUUUAAAAAAAUAAUUACUUCAUAAAAUGCAAUAGUAUGUUUUAUUACACCAGAUGUUUAACUUAGUGUAUAAUUUCUCCUUUAAAGCAUGAAUAAACAUCACAAUUAUCUUAACAUACAUAUAUAAAAAUUGAUACUCCAGGAAAAAAGCAAAUAGAAUUCUGAUAUAGGAAGUAGGGAAAAGGUUCAGGCAGCUUUAUACAUGGCUGAAAUUCACUAGUAAGAAUAGCAUUCUUCUUGAAGAUUUGUACUGUAUAAGGAAUACAAUUACCCAGUAUCUUGCUUUUUAUACUGAGCAUUUGCAAGUUUUUUAAUAGUUUUAUACUGUUAUUUUUAACAAAGGCCUUUUUUAUUGGUGGUUGUGAAGUACCACUCAGAAGGAAUUGAAAUACCUGACUACAAUCAUUAAUUUUUGACAACACUCAUAGAUCAUUGUCAUAUGCUAUACAGAGUAGCAUAUGACUGGGCUUAAUGGAAACCUGGCAGUUGGAUGGAGCUAAAAAAAAUUUUAGCCUCAUUCAGCUUUAUGGAAAUAUUAAGGGGAUUUUGUACAAGGAGGGAAACUCUGAAGUACAUUUGCUACAUGAAGAUUCUUAUAUCUUUUUAGUAAUAUGGGAACACAGUGGAUAGAGGACCAAGGCCUAUGACAUUUCCCCAAAUUUUUUUUUUUAGAAUGUAGUACAUUGAAAGUUUUGUUGUUUAAAUUCCAUUUAAAUUAGAAAAUUACAAAUAGAAAUUAUUCUGUUCCAUUAACAAAGUGGAAACUAGCCAAUCUCAGGAAAUAGAAUCUAAAUUAUGUACUUCAUUACCACUUCAACAUAAUAUUCCCCAUUUCUAAGUAAUGAAAUCUAGCUUUGUUCUUUGGAUAACUUUUUGGAGGUGUUUCCUUUCAAAUAUAAGGAACAUAGAUUGUGGGUUCAUCUUCUUUAACAUAUAUUUAUUAAAUGGAAAUAGCAUGGUAAUCCUUGCUAUUUUCCAAAGUUUAGAAUAUCAGAUAAUUCCUCAGUCCUGAGGCAAAAAAGUACUCAUUGUUUCUGGUAAUGAGUUUUUAAAAGCUUAAACUUACUAAUUUAUUUAAACAUAGAUUUUACAAAGUUUUCUCACAUAUAACUCCCCCUCCAAAAAAAAAAAAAAAGUCAACUAUAUUUUUUGGCAAAUGCUUCCAAAAUUGCUUAACCAACUUAAAUGUUAUUUAAUUCUAUAUUUUAGCAUUACUACUGAACAUUUUGGCCUUACUUUUUAGAUGACUUAUCUAAUUUUUGAAUUAUUCAACUAAUCAGCUUUCAAAAUUAUCUAAUUUCCUGCAAACAAAAAGAAUAAGCUUUAAAAAUCCAUUUUGUAAACUCUAGAGUAUUACUAAUUUAUGUCCUGUUUAUUUUUCAGUCUUACUAGGCUUUGCUCAAAUUUGGAUCAUUCUAGAGAUGAAAGGAACUUCAUUACCAGACAAAUGUACCAACUAGUUUAAACUAACAGCUUCUAUUUUAGAUAUCUAUAAAUAGAGUAAAUGUUAAAAUGAUUUGAUUGUAAUCAGAAAUAUUCUCUACUGGUGCUUCUGUCCAUUGUUUGGCCUUUCAUAUUUAGAUUUAUCUUUGAUCUGCAUGUUUUUCAUCAUCCAACUUGUACAGGUACUUUUAUGGUGCUUGGUAUCUCUUUCAAAUCCUUUUACUUUAAUAGAUACAUUAAGCUUCAUUCCCCCAUCCCUUAAUGUAAGCAAGCCUUGUAUAGUUUGGUUUUUGACUUACCAGCAUGUGUAAUCUGAUCUUAAGUAUCUCAAUUUUUUAUCAACACAUUAGCACCACUCUGGAGUAAAAUUUAACUAAAGAUGUGCCUGUUUCCUAAUGAUCCAGUACUGAAGAAAUCAGGGACAGUGAAGUAGAUUGGUUUAGGGAAGGCUGCUAUAUCUUUAUUUGUUCUGGCAUUAACUAAUACUAUAAUCACUUUCAAGAAGACAAAUUUUUCGAAAUGAUUAUCUGUUUACAAACCAAAAGUAUUUUUUCCCCUUUGAUUAAGAGAAUGAGAAUUGAAGAAAAUAAAAUUGAAAUUGAAUUCUAAGUGAUUUUUUUUUUCAGUUAACAAAUGUAUCUUAAAUUUAACUAGAUAUUCAGCAUCCUAUCAGUAUCACUACAUGAAACCAAAGAGCAGCUGAACAUGUUUACAAAAGUCCAGGUUUAUCUUUGUGUAAGGGGUCUGCUUUUAAUGUAUUUUUACAUAUGUAGUGAUCUUAGUUAACAUAAAUGAUCAUUGUCAUCUUAAAUCAAAUAUGCAACAACAGUUACUUGAAUUUUGUUUCCACAAGGUAGCUGAUUUUGACCAUGUUUACAAUAUCACUUAUUCAACACAUUGAACAUUUGUGAUUUUUACACAUUAAUCUCUAAAGCAGACAAGUUAAGAGGUUAGUGUUAGGAUUUCUAAAUUGCUAGGACCUAAGAAAUGAUAGUGUCCUUCAGAUUUCUACUGUUUACAUUUUUGCCUAGGCCAUAGAAUCGAAUGCUGUACAUCAAAAUACAUGCAGAGCAUAUAACACAUUCACUCCAAUUCAUGACAUUUUAGCCAGAAUAAGGACCAUUAUCCAAUACUCCAUUAUGAUUUUUAAACAAUAUGUAGAAAUAAAAUCUAUGUUCCAUGUCUAUAUUAUGUAUUUUUCAACCUGGAUUCUAAAUAAGUUUUUAAAGUCCAUAUUUUUCUAAUGACUUCAUCUUAAAUCAUUAUGUUACAUAAAAGAGGCAAAGUAUUGUAUUUAAAUCUGUAUGGAUCAACAGAGCCAUGAAAUAUGUCAAGUUUAUAUUUGUAUAUGAUCGCAAAUGACUGUUCCUACUUAAAAGGAAAAUAUGGCCACUUGUAAUAUUUUGAAAUGUUUUUUUUUUCCUUAAAUGCUUUUAUAUAAACAGAUUUUAAAUACAUUUUGUUUUGGUGUCUUCAUAUUUUUACUUGUAUCAUAACUCAUGUGUAUAGUUUUCCACAAAUGUAACAGUAGAACAUUAUUUAUGUUGAAUAUUUACAUUAAGCUUCUUCAGCUGUUUAGAUAAAUUAACAUGAGGAUAAAACGUUUUAAGUUCCUUUUUUUCUUCCAGAAACUAUGUUUGAUGUCUUUAUUAAAUAAAGAUGAACUCCAGAAAAUUAAAAA